AUGAAUCAGUCACGCCAACAGGCUUUUCAGCGACUACGUCCUCCAUGCGUUGAGCUGAGCUCAGUUGCACUUAAAUUUAAAGCAGAUCAGGCCUCCCCAAAAGCGAUACUCCUUGCUCUAGAGCCGGUCCGCCAGACCUUACAAUCGCUGGGUGAUGAGAAUCUUCUGGAUGAGAAACUGGCCGAGUAUGCCUUCUUUCCGCUCACCCAUAUCUUCAAUCAGUCUCGACGGCUAUCUUCCCACAUUAUAGAGGUCACCAUCAGGUGCGUCGAAGUUCUGGUUUCCAAAGGAUGGCGAGACAAGCUGCUUCCGGAAAUGGCGCGGCAACUUCUCAUUCUCAUGGGACUGUUGGUCUCUCAAAAUCCGAACCAACGGGAUGAGCCACCUACGGACGAGCUCAUUGUUGCCGCUUUCGAAUGCAUCUCUGUUCUCACCCGUCAAAUUUCUCGUCUCGGGGCAGGCAUCCUAGACGAGGUCGGUGAUAAGAACAUUGUCGACCAACUUGUUUACCAGCUGCUGGAGGCAAUCACAAACACAACGGCGGAAAAUGUUCAAGUUUCUGCCACGUACGCCCUGCUCGAGCUCUAUCAUGCUGUUGAAAGUCCCGUUUUACUCGCUAGCUUACUCCCCCGGACCGUUUCUACUUUGGUGAAAGUUCUGCGGCCAAACACUCAAGCCCGGCGGACGAGAAAAGUCCUUGUAUCCUACCUGGAACUCCUGACGGUAGCCUUGAAGAGGGUUCUUACCGACAACGUUGUUUCCCAGAUUCUCGUUCACGAGAGUGACACAAAGCCCUCAAAGGCAGACGAUCUUGAUCAAGCUGCCAAACUUGACCAAUCGUGGCUCGAUGCCACCACACCUCAGAUCGACCUCGCUUUGGUACAGGUAGUCAAAAUUAGGGCCCAGCAAGGGUCUGACGUUGCUCAAGCGCUUCUGAAACUCUGUUUGCUGAUCCUCGAGGACUGUUCUCGGACAUUGGCACGUUCUGUGCCUCUCAUGGUGGAGACUCUCGUUAUCCUUUGUCGACGCUCAGAUUCGUCCGAGGCCAAUGCAGCUCUGAGGCAUCUGGUGAUAUCACAGCCAGAGAUCGCUAAUAUACUCCGGGGAAAGUUCUCCGACUGGUCUCGGGUCCUACCACGGGUGAUGCAAGGCAAUGACGACAAACCCAAGCAGCAGAUGCUGGGACAGCUUGCAAUAUCAUAUUCGGUGUUGACGGAUGCGUUGAUCCCUGCGGAUGAAUUGUCAUCCACCGUUGCAUCAGUUCUGGUUGACAGCGUUUCGGCAAGCGUGGAGACGAAUUCUGCAAGAUCAAAGUUGAUCGAUGAGGCUCCUCAAAUUCAUCCCACUGACCUCGUCCGGCAAUCCUCUGAAGUGGCCCGAAAUUUCAAGCCAAUUAUUCUUGAUCACCCAAGUCAGCAAUCCUCGUUGAAAGAAUUGACAAGCUUCUUAGCCUCCAUCAAGUCUCGCGCUUACAGCCCGAAUAUUACACGCAGCAUUGUCAACCACAUACGGGAUCCUGAUAUAAGCAGGAGGAUUUCGGCAACAUGGCUGGCGCUCAAUCUUCUGAGAUCCGAUAGCGACGAUGCUUUUGAUGUCGCCGAUUGGGUUGACGAUCCUUCGUCCGCGUUGGAUUUAUCAACGUCCCGUCCCUUUCUCAUAUCUGACUUGUACUCCCUUACCUUGCAGCACCUCCUGCAGCAUGCCGAGUCCACCGUCAAGAGCGACUCAGAUCCGCGGCUCGUGGCAUUGUCUUUGGAAUGUCUAGUGUUGCAGGCGUCUCAGCUAGGUGAAUCAUAUCGUCCUGAGCUAGUGGAAACCCUCUUCCCUCUGCUCACGUUCCUUGGUGAUAACGAUGCAAGACUCCAAAUCCAUGCCAUGGCGGCAUUGAACCUUCUUGCUACGGCGUGUGAAUAUUCAUCAGCCGCUCAAAUGCUAGUUGAGAACGCUGACUACUUGGUCAAUGCUAUCGCACUCCGCUUAAAUGCCUUUGAUGUUUCUAGAGAUGGACUUCAGGUUCUUGCCAUGAUGAUUCGCCUUGGUGGUUCUCGACUCCUACCACAUCUCGACGAUCUUAUUGGAAGCAUCUUUGCCUCUCUCGACAACUUUCACGGGUACUCCCACCUUGUCGAAAAACUGUUUGACAUCCUCAAGAUGGUAGUAGAAGAAAGCUCCAGAAAUCCAACAGUCCUAGGUAUCCAACCUAGUCAGGAACGCGACAGACACCAGCAUGGAGUACCUCACGCCUCUGGGCUCGAUGACAUCUUGGACGACUUGCAAGCCAGAAAGGAUCGGAAGAGAAAAUCCCACUCAGAUCAUAGAGAGUUCACCACUGCUCCGCAUCGACCAUGGACAUCUUCCGCUGACGAUCAAGAGGCCAAGACACCGAGAGCUGUUGCAGACAAGGCCCAAAAGGAAGAAGGGGAUGAUACACUCGAGCCCAGCAGCAGAGACAAGGAAGCUGGGGUACCAAAAUCUUACAAGCUCCUCCUCAACAUUGCCGAGUCUGCCGUGCCUCACAUGUCAUCGCCGUCACCCAAGGUACGUCUCAUCCUCUUGGAACUGCUCCAAAAGAUCUGCCCUGUACUGGCACAAGAUGAGAAUUCGUUUUUGCCCUUGGUCAACUCCGUAUGGCCCGCGCUAGUUCCACGCCUGCUGGGCAAACGCGAUGACGGGUCAACCGAUAUGCCCUACACUGUCCAAGCUGCGGCCGAGACAAUGUCUAUUCUCUGUUGGGCUGCGGGCGAUUUCAUGACGAGCCGAGUUGAAAACCUGUUCCCCGACUUAGAAGCAAUGUUCAAGCGAUAUUAUCUGGCUAUUGCGCAAUCGAGAAAGCAGAGUCUCCCUUCGAGGAUGCUGAAUGGGACAUCCACGAGUUUGGGGUAUUUGACCCACCAGCAAAUCAUCCAGGAACCGCCGGAGGUGGGAGGAGGCAGCAGAGUCAUGAGGAAUUCUGAUACGCAGAUUCUCGAGUCUCUGAUUGCAUUGCUCAUCACCAUUGUCGAAAGCGUCCGCAUUUCCGAGGACAAUGCUGACAAAGUUUUUGACAUGCUUGAUCCAAUUAUGCAUAUGCCUGGCCAGGAAAGAGUUAAAAUGGCACUGCAAAAGUACAAUGAAGAUGCCGCAUGGCUGACGGGACAGUGUCCGGAAGGCCGAGAUUUUGUCGACUCAAUCAGGCGCACGGGGUCGGUACCGUAG